AUGGUUGCUGGAAUUUUGAUUGUUAUGGUUACUGACUUGCUUAUGGUUGCUUGUUCAUCCUCUCCAAUUGCUACUCCCGUGGAACAAAAUUUGAACCAAUUAGAAGAGCAACCUCAAUCCUCUAAAAGACAAAGACAAGGAAUAGAUCUUGAUUCUUUACCGACUAAUCCAAAGGAGAGAAUACCCAUUAGAGAUUAUCAUCCAAAUGAGCGUGAUGAGAUGAGAAGAGAAUAUCUCCGAAGAGGUCCUUGCCAACCCCGACAUCAUAAGUUUCCUCAAAGAGAUUUUUCGGGCUUAAAGUGUCGUUUCAAUCCUAAAUGGUUUGAUGAAUAUCGUAAUUGGUUGGAGUACAGUGUGAUAGAAGAUGCAGCUUAUUGCAAUCCAGUCAAACCAAGCUUUCGCUUGAAGGCUUCAAUUGAGGUUGUGAGACUCCUGUUGAAUCAAGGAUUGACAUUUCGUGGACAUCAUGAAGAUGAAUCAUCAUUAAACAAGGGAAACUUUCUUGAGAUUCUUUCAUGGUAUGCAGGGAGGUGCAAUAAAAUCCGUGAUCUUGUGUUGAAAAAGGCUCCAAAGAAUGAUCAGUUGACCUCCCAUAAAAUUCAAAAAGACAUUAUUAUUGCAUUUGAUGAAUCAUGUGAUGUAUCACGCAAAGAGCAAUUAGCUAUUGUCUUGCGAUAUGUUAAUAGAUGUGGAUCUGUGGUGGAGCAUUUUAUUGGGAUCAUUCAUGUUCGUAAUACUAGAGCUUUAUGUUUAAAGGAAGCAAUUGUUGAUUACAUUGCUCAACAUUCUUUGAGUUUAUCUUAUGUGCAUGGACAAUGCUAUGAUGGAGCAAGCAACAUGCAAGGGGAUUUUCGUGGCCUCAAAACUUUGAUUCAACAAGAAAGUAAAUCCGCUUAUUCCAUUCAUUGUUUUGCACACCAACUUCAAUUGACUCUUGUUGCGGUAUCCAAAAAAUAUCUUGAAGUGGGAGAACUUGUAUUGUUGGUUUCUAAUAUAUUGAAUAUAGUGGGAGGUUCUUUUAAACGUAUGGAUGAUCUUCGAGAAUCUUAA